UCGACCGCAUGGCAUGGCGUGUUUUACAUUCAUCUAGUUUAUCAUAGUUUAUCGAGUAGAGAGUAAUGUGUUGAAUGAUAUAAUCGUGGGUGCAUAGAUGAGACAAAUUUAAAAGUGUCACUCUCAUAUCCGCUGCAAAAUGGAUAGCGAUAAUACGAAGAAACUGAAGCGUAAAAGGAAACAGAACGAAAAGGAAAAGACCGACGCUCCCAAGAACAAUAAUCACAAAACUGACAAGACAUCUCAAGAGAAUAUUGUACAAAGUAAUCAAAAGAAGAAAAAAAGAAGAUUGAAGUCGAAUGAAGUCAGUAAUGAUGCCACUACCGAUAUUGAGACUUCAAAAUCAGUAUUAUCUUCAAAGGAAGCUUCAGAUGAGAAUGUAAAGACUGCUAAGAAUCCAUCUAAAAGGCAGUUAAAAAAAGAGAAGGCUGUCCAGGCAGCUGUUAAAAAGAUGGAAUCUCGUAGAUCGCAUGCCAUGCAAAAAGCAUUAAACUAUAUAUCCCUGUGGAAACAUUCUAGGAACGAAUGGAAGUUUGAGAAACUUAAGCAGAUCUGGCUGAUGGAUAAUUUGUUAGAUGAGAAUUCCAUCUCUGAUAAUCUUUUUCCUAUCGUUCUGGAAUAUUUCGAAGGUUGUAAAGGCAUGGCACGCGAAGUGUUAUUACGUAAGGGAAUGGAAAUUAUAAGGAAAGCUGAGGCAGAGACAGUCGAAGAUAACAAAAAUGAAAUUAUGAUGUCAACUGCUUAUAAGAGAGCGAGACAACUUUUACAGACUUUACCGACUGACAAGUAGUUUCAAUUUUAAAUAAUUUUAAGAUAAAAUAGAUAAAAAAUUGUUAAGAAGAGCAAUUCUUAACAUGUAAGAUUCGAGAAAUAGCGAACAACUUGAACUUUCUUUUUAAACAAUUUUUAAGAAACUUGUGCGAGUAAUUUACAUACAUUUCUCGUACUAUUAUGUAAUUGUGUAGUGAUGACUAAUCUGGACUUCAAGACUAUAUUAAAAGCAGGACUAAGAAAAAUUUCAAACAUUUUAUUUGAGAUUAAAAUGAAUCAU